AUGCGUCUGUCAACGAGCAUAUUGGCAUGCUUGGGCGGCUAUCUAGCCCAGGCUUCUUGCCCAUACGCUGAGCAACAAAAGUCACUGGAGCGUCGAUCUCACAACCAAGUCAUAGAAUCUCAUCAUGUCACGAAUGACAAGAAAGGAAUCUUCUAUCUGAACCGAAUCGCACCCUCUAGUUCAUUACUUUACAUUGCGAAUGCUGAUGGCAGUGACGCAAAACCUUUGAUGAAGAACAAAACCGCAGCCUUCGACUUUCAUCCAUCUUGGUCACCGGACGGCGAGUGGAUUAUCUUCAGCAGCGAGCGCCGCGGCGAUGGCCAAUCCGAUAUUUACAGAGUUAAGCCCGACGGGUCGUCAGUGCAGACACUAGUUCAGACCGACUCUUUUGAGGAUGCCGGUGUCCUGUCUCCUGAUGGCAAAACCCUAGCCUACGUAUCGACUCAGGGCAAUUUUACAGCAAAUAUCUGGGUCAAGGAUCUCAAGACUGGAGUCGCAACGAACUUGACCGAUACAGCGGCAACUCGAGGUAGUAGACAAAGUCCUCAAGGCCACUUCCGACCUUCGUGGUCACCUGACGGUCAGUGGAUUGCGUUCAGCUCUGAUCGAAACACCGAGUGGACUGGCCAUAGUAACGGCACCGGUUGGGAGCAUACACAGACACUUUCCAUCUACAUUAUCCGACCGAAUGGGACCGACUUUCGCCUGGUGGCCAGUAAGCCUGGCUAUGCACUCGGCACACCGCAGUGGUCACCGGAUGGGCAACGCAUUCUUUACAACAUGAUAUCCACAGAAGACACAUAUCACUCUCAUGGCGUCGCAAAUCAGAUGGCAGAGAUUUCCGCUCAAAUCUUCAGUAUUGAUGUUGCUACUGGUCUUGACGUUGUGCAGCACACCUCGGGCGCAUCUUUCAAGAUAGGACAGCACUACAUCGGCAACAGCAGCAAUCUUGGCUACGUCAUCAAGGCUGGCCCUGACGAGGGUAUCAACUAUACAAGCCCUGAUGCUUCACAUUCGGCUUUCUUAGGGUCCGGCAUACGCAACCCAUCCUGGUCGCCUGAUGGUACACAGGUUGUUUACGAGGUGUCAGGGUGGGACACUCGGCCUGGCGCCAAGAAGCUUUUCAGUUGGGACGAAGAAUGGGAUUACCGUUUUAUGGACGUAUUUCCGCAAUACAACAAAGCUACGAAUCGCAUCGCCAUUACGCAAAAGCAAUUGGGGAAUUCGUCUGUGGUUGUAUCUUCGACCGAAUACACCGAUCUCAAGGAUGUCUUUGAUGUUUACGAUAUCUGGUCUACCGACAACUCGACAGAAUUUGCAAACAUCAAGAGUGGUCUCGGAGGAGCUUUCCAGCCAACUUGGUCUCCUGAUGGUUCUCAAAUCGCCGUUGGUUUUGGCGUUUGGUUCUUCAAUCGUAACGGAAACCCUGCUACGAUUUACCUUGCCAAUGUUACUACUGACGGCUUCACCAACCUGACGGACACAGAGAGUAAACACAAUGCUGGAUACCCGUCCUUCUCCCCUGACGGCACGAGGUUGGUUUAUCGUCUUUGGGACGCUGAGAAAGAAACCCCAUUGGGCCUUCGUAUACUCGACAUGGCUACGGGAGCGACUAACAACCUAACAUCGGGCUGGGACAAUACUCCUAGCUGGUCUCCCGACGGCGAACGAAUUGUGUUCACGAGACAAGUGAAUUGGACGGCUGAGUACGGUAGCCGUUGGUACGAGAAUCGAUUCGACAUCAUGACCAUCCGACCUGAUGGCAGCGAUCUCCAGCAAGUGACUGAUAGCCCUGCAAAUGACGCGCAUGCCGUGUGGUCUUACGACGGCCGAAUUCUGUGGAGUUCUGGCAUGUAUGGUUUCAGGGAUGAGUCUGCUCAGUAUGAGAAAACUUUCCAACCUUAUGGGCAGAUUAUGGUUAUGAAUGCAGAUGGCACGGAGAAGCGUUUGCUGACGGAUAGUAUGUGGGAGGAUUCUAUGCCGAUGUAUGUACCAAGGGGUGAGAAGUAA